CUGAGAUCAGCAGAAUCAACUGAAUAUCCUCACACAGCUGCGUGUCAAAGACCUUUCUAACUGGAAUAGAUUUUUUGGGGGGGACAUUCAGCUAUUUAAAAAUAUUUUUUUAGUUUUUAGUAGUUUUUACGGGUUAAAAGAAUAGUUUCGGCGGGUACUAAAGUUCCGUGUUGGGCAGCUCAAACACAUGGAUUUUUUAUUCAUGACCCACAUGUUGUGUAGAUAGAGAGGAGCUACUGCGCAGGGGGUCCAAAACGCGUCCGCGGUGCCAAGGACAACCAGACGCGCCGAUUCCUCUCCAGCUUUUACGCAAUCCGCGCAGCGCGGCGCGCACGUCGUCGCAUUUACUUUGGUCUUUCGUUUUUUUUUCUCACGCUUUUUUGUCUUUCCUCGGGAGUACCGCUGCUGACGGCGGCUCGGUGUCGACAUGCUGCAAAAUGGAAACGGAAACGAGAAGCCGCUGCGAGCGCCAAAAGCCGAGGCAGAGCCGGACUCCCCGGCUGACGAGGCGAAACUGCGGCAGCACACUCCCCCCGAAACCGGCGCACAGGACCCGGGCGGCGAGUUCACGCACUUCCCCUUGCCCGCUUACCCCAAAUUGGAGAUAAAGCGCUACGCGGUGACGGACGAUUACAAGAUCUCCACUCAGGUUCUGGGCUUAGGGAUCAGUGGCAAAGUGCUUCAGUGCUUCAACAAGAAGACUGGAGAGAAGUGUGCACUGAAGAUUCUCUACGACAGCCCCAAAGCCAGGCGAGAGGUGGAGCUGCACUGGCGGGUAUCCGGAGGGCCGUACAUUGUUCGCAUCAUCAGCCUGUAUGAAAACAUGCAUCACGGGAAGAAGUGCCUGCUCAUCAUCAUGGAGUGUAUGGAGGGAGGAGAGCUGUUCAACCGAAUCCAGGCCAGAGGAGACCAGGCUUUCACUGAGAAAGAGGCUUCUGAGAUCAUGAAGGACAUCGGCACGGCCAUUGAGUAUCUCCACCACAUCAACAUCGCUCACAGAGACAUCAAGCCAGAGAACUUGCUGUACACCAUCAAAGAAAGAAACGGGGUCCUGAAACUGACCGACUUUGGCUUUGCUAAGGAGACGACGCUAGACAACUCUCUACAGACCCCCUGUUACACGCCGUACUACGUGGCCCCUGAAGUUUUGGGCCCAGAGAAAUACGACAAGUCAUGUGACAUGUGGUCGCUGGGCGUCAUCAUGUACAUCCUGCUGUGUGGUUUCCCCCCGUUUUACUCCAACACGGGCCAGGCCAUUUCCCCGGGGAUGAAGAGAAGGAUCAGGAUGGGCCAGUACGAGUUCCCCAACCCAGAGUGGGCUGAGGUGUCCCAGGAAGCCAAAGAUUUGAUCAAUGAGCUGCUGAAGACAGACCCUAACGAGAGGAUGACCAUCAUUCAGUUCAUGAACCACCCCUGGAUUAAUAAGUCCAUGGUGGUUCCCUCCACUCCGCUCCACACCACCCGGGUGCUGACUGAAGACAGAGAGAUGUGGGACGAUGUGAAGGAGGAGAUGACCAGCGCUCUAGCGACCAUGCGUGUGGACUACGACCAGGUGAAGAUCAAAGACCUCGACACCUCCAGCAACCCGCUGCUCAACAAGAGACGCAAGAAGGCCGCCGCGGGGGCCAAGGGGGGCUCCACGGUCUGCCAAAGUCAGUGAGACGCGGAGGGACGUCGCCGGAGAUCCAAGCCGGACAGCCGACGUGUGAUGAAAAGCAGUUCAGGAGAGGCAGGAGAGGCUGAUUGGUGCCGGAGAAGAUCAUUCACACAUUUGUCCGAGACUCUUGAGGAAGUGGAUGUUAAGGAAACGGUUUCUACAAUAAAGAGACGGCAUAGGAACGAGAACACAGUGGCAGCUGGACAUUUACAAGACGUAUCGGGCUGUCAGCUGUUUACUGGGGUUCUGUCUGUUUUUUAUUAUUUUUAUGUAUGUGUGUCAUUUUCAGAGUGUCUGUGUGAACUGUUUCAAGCAUUUUAUGUUUUCCAUAUUCUGAUGCUGUUUGAGGUCUGCCUUUUUUAACUAUGCACCGCUGUGCAAACCACACAAAGAGAGACAAAGCCAGUGUGGACAGACUGGAACUAGUGCUCUCCCUAGAAUUACCCGCGUGUUUUAAACGCUGUCUGAUAUUUCAUGAAAUAAAUCACCUUACACUGAACCCGUGGGACUAUUUUCCAUGGAAGCAACAAUAAAUUGGCCCAGCAGAUGAAGUGGUCUCCUUAAUGCAGCGUGCAGCCUGUCUGCUUCCGGUCUGUGUGCGGCCAGAGAGCUUUGCGUGUCGGUGGCGUAAUGGUUGCUUGAGCUAGAUGGAUGAGUUCUUUCACCUUUCUUGAGGUAGGUCUCGCACCUGUGUUUAUUUAGGGGGGGGGAUAUUUAGGUGCUUCCUGUAAAUAGAGGGCCGCGGUUUUUGCUCCAUGUUAAAACAUCAGGAGUGGAGACCUCCUCCGUCAGGUAUGUCCACUCCGUGCAGAGAUUGGAUUUGUUCAUACGGAUGUAAAUUCAACUUUAUAGAGCAAAGGGCCAUGGAACUAUUGCUUUUGUCGUCUUGCCUUUCAGGCUUUGUGAGGAUGCUAUAAAUAGCAGCGGUGGAAUAGUUAUUUGGGACGCAGCUAUCUGACUUGGAGUUCGACUUAAAAAGGUCAACAAUAUUACGUUUAGAUUACAUGUUGGGUACCUCUCACCCACUUGGAUCACAUGGUGCCCCUCCAGUAUUUGGGUGAUGGGUUAAAGGAAGCUCAUCAUAAAAACUACUUGGCUUCCCUGCUGUAAAUACAGGACGUCAGCCAUUAUUAGAUGUGGCCCAAAUACUGCAUGACCUCUCAGCUGUUGUUUGGUGCACCGGUGUUUGAGUAUUAAAAAGUUCUGAGCAGUGUGUCUGCUGGUGGAAUUUGACAGUGUUUCGCAAAUAUAUAUAUACUUCCUCAUGAGCAGGCAGUCAAAAGUACUUUUCCAUUGUUUCCCGGAGACAAGCACGGUCAUGAUUACAGCAGGAGUUUGUAUUCGUGGUGUUGACGUAAUAGUGUGUCAUGAAUUUCCAAUUGAUGUUACUUCACACACACAUCCUCCCCAUCAUGCGCACAUAAAGAAAACAGUUCUUAUUAGGACAGGGGUCUGUGUUUUGUGCAUAGUACUAGGUCUUAUAUACUAAAUAUCGUUUGAUUGAUUUAAACAUCUUUUAUCUUAUAAGUCUAUCGUCGUAUUUCAACAUACAGUCGGACGGGAUACUUCCUGAUAAACAACGUCAUCGUCCUAUUGCUCAUGUAUGAAAGCCUUAGUGGUACGUGGGUGUGCAGGCCUGUCCCUCCGGUGUGCGAGUGUACGUGUCAGUGGGAUGGGUGGGGGUUUAGAUCCCUCUGGCUUUCGCCGAGGAAUGUUUCAAAGGUCAAAGAGCCAUCUGACCUCCGGCUGCUUCUGUCCUGCUCAGUCCAGCUGGUCUAAAACUGUCUGACAUCCAUUUGUUUGUUCGUUCGCCUCAUGGCCUCCACGGUGUGAAGAACUCGACGAUUCCCUGAUUUCUUUCUCUUCUCUCUUUACUUUGUGUGUGUGAUUGUCUCAUUCAGCCACAGAUGUGCAGUUAAAGGCCUUGUGCUUGACGUUAAGUGGGAACACUUUCACAGGCUGAACCCAAUAGCGUGCUUCACCCUGGCCACAAAACCUGCAUCAUAAUAAACGCAGAACACAAUUCUCUCCCAUCUGAUUGCUGAAACCCUGCAGCUCAUUCGGUGUCAACAGGUCUCUUGUUGUCCCUCGUGUCCUUCGUCACGAACGGAUUCGUUUGGCUUCCGUUGUCUUUCAACUAACCUUCCUGUAAUCUACACUUUACCUUUGAGUAAACUUCUUCACCGA